CUUGUACGGGUACUGCUCAGGACUCACAGUUAGCCUAAAAAAUAAUCUACUGCGCCUCCCCGUCCGCAAAACCCUAAAUCUGUUUCCCUUCGAUUUGCAUUUAGUAGGAUUCUAUUUGCGGAAAUAUCCUCGAAAUUCUUUAAUCUGCCUCACCAUUUCAAAUCAAAGCAUGGAUGCACAGCGAGCUCUUCUUGACGAACUCAUGGGAACGGCUCGUAAUCUAACGGAGGAAGAGAAAAAGGGACACAAGGAACUUCGAUGGGAUGAUAAAGAGGUUUGUGCAUUUUAUAUGGUUCGCUUUUGUCCUCACGACCUCUUCGUCAACACUCGCAGUGAUCUCGGACCAUGCCCUAGAGUUCAUGAUCAAAAGUUGAAAGAAAGUUUUGAGAAGUCCUCCAGACACGAUGCAUAUGUUCCAAAAUUUGAAGCUGAACUGGCUAAGUUUUGUGAGAAAUUGGUGAUGGACCUUGACAGAAGAGUUAGGCGUGGACGAGAACGCCUUGCUCAAGAGGUGGAACCAGCACCACCUGCUCCACUAUCUGCAGAAAAGUCUGAACAGUUAUCUGUCUUAGAGGAAAAAUUAAAAAAUCUGCUGGAGCAAGUGGAGAGCCUUGGUGAAGCUGGAAAGGUGGAUGAAGCUGAGGCACUCAUGAGAAAGGUGGAGGCUCUUAAUGCUGAGAAGACAGUCUUGACUCAACAACCUCAAAAUGACAAAGUAUUGAUGCUUGCACAGGAGAAGAAAAUGGCUCUAUGUGAGGUUUGUGGUUCUUUUCUAGUAGCUAAUGAUGCUGCUGAGAGGACUCAGUCCCAUGUUACAGGAAAGCAACAUAUUGGUUAUGGAAUGGUUCGGGAUUUCAUUGCUGAGUUCAAGGAAGCAAAGGAGAAAGCGAGGGAAGAGGAAAGAUUAGCUAGAGAAAAAGAAGUUGAAGAACGGAGAAAGCAGAGAGAGAAGGAAUAUGAGAGUAGGAGCAGAAGUGAUUCAGGUGAUAGGGACAAAUAUCAGGAUCGAGGCAAGGAUUCGGACAGAUACCAAGAACGUGAUUUGGAUCGUGAAAGGUCUCGAGAGAGGAAUGGCAGAGGUAGUAGGGAUGGAGAGAGGGAAUGGAGGUACAAGAAUGGUAGAGAUGGGGGCAGGGAUAGGUAUCAGAAUCGCAGCAGGCCCCGUUCCCCUGGUAGACAUAGUAACAGGAGGUCCUCUAGAAGUCCAGUUCGCCGAUAUUAGUGCCAUUCUGUACAAUAGAUGUUCUGGCUUUGAAAGCCAAUGAGGUAGACCUCUUAUUUUAAUUUUAGUUUAUAAAAGUGUGCUUUUGGAGUAGUCUAAAUUUUGUCAUCAUGGAUGAAACUUUUUUCUUGGUAACUCACAGCUUUGUUGGGACUGUACCAACUCCUCCCUUUCAUCAAAAUUACUAGAGAAGAAAAGGGUUGAGGUAGGUAUAACAAUAUUAUUGUUUAA